AUGUCUCCAAAUGGAGCAAGAUCGAGUCCAGGACUUCCCCCGCAGAGACGUUAUGACGAAUCUUGGGUGGAGGUAGCAUCACAACCAUCAUCUUCAUCUCUGUCGAGCAUCGGCGACGAGAUUGUUACAACCGGACUGCGCGUUGCGAACCCAUACGUCCGCCGGCGACGCUUACAGCCAUCUGCGAGGUCGCUCCCUCAACAACACACGGCCAUCCACAAUGUGAACAGCGCCGAUAUGAGCAGCCAGGAGGAAUACGACGAGAGCGAUAGUGAAGAUGAUCGCAUGCUCACAAGUUCGACCGAGAACGCCCAGCGGUCCGAGGAGGAGAUGGAAGACGAUUCAGAGGCCGAGUCAGAUGGUGAUAACGUCACUGCCCUCGGACGAGUAUCCGAUCAACCUACCGAACCAGUCUUUCGGCCUCAACCAAACGCUUUCACUCAUCCAUCUACGCAGAGAAGAGAUUCUGCUCCAGCCAUCCCAACUGCGCCGCCUCCUCAUCCUCACAACGGUCUUACACGGCCAUCCUUCACCCAACGAUCGCAGACACGGCCCCACCGUGCGGGUCCCAGUUUUAUGUCCCCAGCUGUUCGCGAAGAGAACGACGCUGCUCUUCGCGCAUCUUUAACUACUCUUCUUUCCUGCGCCCACGCAGCUAGAGGCCUUCCCAAGUCGAAGGAGGAAGCAGAGGCCCAUAGGGCUGCCAACGCUGGUGUAGGACCCAGCUGCCAACCGAUGGAGCUGCGACUCGUGCCAGAGUCGGAGCUUUCGACGGAGCCACCGAGACGGGCCCAACGACCCGCAGCCCCAUCUCAACCCCGCAAACGGGGCUCUCCCACAAGACCCCUCUCACGAAACUCCGAGAGGGGCAGGCACAGCUCCGGAUCAGCUACGGCCCCACGGGCCACCAAGAAGAAGAAGGUCACCCAGAUGGAAGAACCUACCACCAUCUCGCCAACCCUUCUCACUUGGGUUGUCAGCGCCGGCGUUGUCGUCCUUGUAUCUGUGGUGGGGUUUGGUGCUGGCUAUGUUAUCGGUCGUGAGGUCGGCAAACAAGAGGCGCUGGCGGUCAGCGUUGGCAGCGUCAACGAUACUACUUCCUGCGGCCAGGAAGUCAUCCGAUCUUCAGGCAGUGGGCUGCGCAAACUUCGAUGGGGUGCUGUUGGCAAGAGCAUUGUUGCCUAG